UUGCAGGUUCGACCUCCCCCUUCUCUUACUCUCCUACUCCGGUUUUCCCCUUCGCACGGUCACUCCACCUCAGCCCAACCUUUCCGUCUUGCCGUUUACACACCACCCUCGUUUCCGUCUUCAACACCCGGCUUUAACUGGAAUUUCUUCUUGCAUUGCAUUUCUGUUCUUCCACAGUCAUGACGACGCCUGAUUUACACACGAUAAGCUGAAACCUGCGUGGCCUUUCCUUUCCUUUCUGUUUUCUCUUUUUGUUUCCUUGGUUUCCUUGGGUUGGGAGGGUCUGGUGGGUGGGCGUUCAGCUUGCUUUCGCUCUGCUUCUCUUGAGCAUCAUGAAGAUACCUUCAGCAUCUCUUGCUCCACGAACGUCCAUUACGCCGGAUAACAAAGCGGACGCAAUUACGAUUACAGCAUGGGCGACAUUGGUUACUCUGGUUCUCAUGUUCCUUGCGAGGGAGGCCAUCAAGUUCCGCGUACUGCGGAAGUUUGCUAUCGACGACCUUCUCAUACUGUUCGCGACAGUAUUCGCUAUCGGUCUCUCUAUAACAGCUCUCAUCCUGGCCUCCGACGGACUCGGCGUGUUCGGAACACUAACGCUACGACGCGCCAAUACCCUCAUGAAAGGAAUCUACGCCUCCGAAUUUCUCUACGUCUCAGCGCUCGGUCUUGCAAAGCUAUCUCUCGUCACCUUCUUCUAUGGCAUCCAUAUCCAGCGAGCGCAGCGUCGAUUCGUCCUCUGGUUCGGUUUCUUCAUCCUUGCGUGGACACUGGCAUCACUCGUGGCAGUCGCAUUCCAAUGCCGACUGCCGAAGCCGUGGGAAUCCUUCACACUCCGUUGCUACAAUGGCGGGGCCUUCUGGAUUGUGUACUGCAUAAUAGACAUGACGACAGAUGUUUCAAUCAUCAUGCUUUCCGUCAACCUCGUCGCAUACCUCAAGGUCAGGCUUUCGCGGAAGAUUGCCGUUAUCGCUUGCUUUGCGCCGCGGGUGCUGGUCAUCGGGGCUUCGCUGGCGCGCCUGAUUUAUCUCUACCCUAUCACUCCACACGACAACCCGGCAUUCAAUCUUUGGAUCCCGGUUAUUUGCGCGCAGGUACAGGCCUGCCUUAGUAUCAGCACGGCGUGCAUCCCAUACAUGAAGCCGUUUUUUGAGAAUUCUGAAACGGGCGUUUGGAGGGCAGAGAGUGUGAGGAAGAGGGCGACUAUGGAUGACUCGUAUGGAUGCAGCUCGCUGACUGGCUGCCUCAAAGGGAAUAAGAGAAAGGCGCUGGGCAAUUCGAUGGAUUCCACUGCUGCAACGAGCCUGAAGCACACAAGGACGUCCGAUGUCUCACCCCGGAUUCCGAGUCCUCCACCGCUAAGCCCACUGACGACUCCACGAUUCAUUACCCCACCGAACUCAUCUGCAAGCAGUUCGCGAAGCCCUAGCGAGCGGGGCCUGAGGCUCCAUAUACCUGCCGCGCCAGAAAUACACGUUCGGAGACCUAGCGCCGUGAUGACGCCGCAAACCGCGAGUUCGCACGCACUGUCUCCGGAGUGUCUGUCCCCACAACCACUCCUUUCUCCUCCAUCCCACAACGUAUCUCCAAAACACCGACGGAGAGAACCAUCGCCGCCUCCAGCGUCCCGCAGUCCCCGAGGACAAGUCUCUUCGUCGCAUUACGGCAGUCCCGAGCCCAGUAUCCCUAGUCCAUCGCGCUUCUCCCUCUUCCCGCAGCAACACACACCUCGCUACUCUCUCAUCCCACAACAAUACGCGCACGCAAAUGCACAUCCGCAGCCGUCAAUACCGCCCACAUUAUCGGAACACUGGCGCUCAGGCAACAGAACACCAGCGGCAAACGUGUCCAUGCGCCGCACCACGACCUACGUCACACCUGAAACGCGCACGCCGUCAUCUGGCCGAGACUUCCGGGGCCCCCACCACCACCAUCUACCUCCUCGGACAUCGAGUCUUGCCACGGGGCCAUAUGGUCUGACGACAACGCCGUAUGAAGAUCCGAUGCGAACUAGAGAACCCGCUGUUGCAAUAACGACAACAGUGCCCGUUCCAGCGCCAGUAGAUGCGCAUACGAGUAUACCGAGUUACUAUGUCAAAACGCCGCCAACAGCGCAUGGUUCUUCCUUCUCACCACCACAGCCCCUCCCUUCGUACUAUAUAGCCACGCCCCCGAGUGCACACCCACCGACGUUUCCGCUUCCCGCGCGGCCGAGUUCGCAGCCUUACCAGGCAUACUCGCAGCCUUACGAAGCAGUCCCCAUCCCCGCUGUCCCUACGAGUCCGCAGCGGCAACGCAACCAGCGCAUCUUGACGCCUCGGAACUCCUCGCGAAGAGAUCAGAUGUCGCCCGUCAGCCCCGUCAGUCCGCCCACGCCACUGACGUUCUGGCGGGAUGAGAGUUCGAGCGAGAGUGCAGGGACACAGAGAGGAAGAGUGCAGCAUCCCUGGGCAGAAGAUGAAAGGAUGCCCGUGCUGAGGGAUGUAAGGAGCAGUCCGCGAAUUGUGGCGCAGAGGCUUUCUUAAGUUUUGCUGUCAUG